AUGAUUCCCAAACUGGAGUGGAGUGCCCUUAUUCAUGCUGCAGAAGAGUUGGGCCAUCGACAAGACUUGCCAGAUGAUCUUCCGGAUUAUGACAAAAAUGAAGAAUUUCUUAAAAAGGUCCACAAAGCCCUUCUUGAGGUCGAGGUGAUGGAAGGCUGUCUGAAGUGUCCUGAAUCCGGGCGGGAGUUUCCCAUUUCCAGAGGAAUUCCGAACAUGCUGCUGAACGAGGACGAGGCCUAA